AUGGAUACCCAUGAUGUCUCUGACGCCCCAGAGUACUUGCAGUUACUGCGAGGGCACCAGAAGACUCUUCGAAAUGCGCAGUCUCGCAAGGGUCAGCGGCCCAGGCCAACCAAGUCGCGGGAAGAGAUAAUAAUGCAGUUCCAGUUUCGACAAAUGAUGAAGGAUAAUACACCAAUGAGAGGAGAUCUCAUCCGUUCGUCUUUUGUUCCUCCUGCAUACAAUCCCUGCAUUACGCCAUUGAAAGACUUGGAAAAAGCUAUGAUUAAGGACCUCACUCUUGAAACCCACCAUCGUGGUUCGUAUCUCCUGCUAAGAGCAGUUACAUCGACGGACGUGUUGACGGCGGUCAUGGUGAUUGUGGAGGAUGAGGAACGAAAUGUCCUCAUGUUGCAGCUAUACAAUCAAGCGAAUGAAUUUUCUGCCGAUAGUCACAUUUCCGAAGGAACGGCCAUUAUCGUGAAGGAGCCAUAUUUGAAGGUCAUGUCUGAUGGGGACUAUGGGCUCCGAGUCGACCAUCUUUCUGAUGUCGUGUUUAUCCCGGAAUAUGACAGCCGAGUUCCGCUGCGUUGGAGACAACAGCGUAUAAAGGAGGAGACAACCGCCGGUGAUUGGAAGACGACAGGCAAUGACUUUUUCAACGAAGCUAGGUAUCACUUUGCUAUUGAAUGUUACUCCAAGGCUCUGGACUCCUCCCCGACAGAUGACGAGGCAGUUAUCAUAAAACUCAAUCGUGCCCUCACAUUUCUAAAAACUCACCAAUUCGACGCAGCUCUCCGCGAUCUGGAUGUAGCAUCCACAGGCCCCAAACCGUCCGAGAAGGCCCUCUUCCGCAAAUCACAGGCUCUGUAUUGUCUCCGGAGGUUUCGGGAGUCCUGUGACGUUCAUACGGUGCUCAGUAGGGAAUACCCAGAAAACAGCGCCGCGAAGAGAGAGUUUGCCCGGGCCAUGGCACGACUUGCUGAACAGGAGAGCGGUAAAUAUCAAUUUAAGCGGUUGCAGCUAGAAGCCAGGAAAAUUCGUCCACCAAAACUCGAUCAUGCAACUUAUAUCGGCCCUGUGGCGGUGCAGCCCACCGAGUCUCGCGGACGCGGCUUAUUCACGACAGAAGCAGUCAAGGCGGGAGAUCUUCUCUUCUGCGAGAAAGCAUUUGCUUAUGCUUUUUAUGAUUCCGAUGCUGCCAAUAAGGUUCUUCCGCUUCUGAUCAACGCGCAGACAGGGGCCAUGACCAUGGGUUCGCAGGCGGAACUCAUUGAGAACAUCGUUCAAGAGAUUUACAAGAAUCCGUCUCUAAUGCCAAUCUUCACUGGCCUUUAUCAUGGCUCGUAUGAGCCUGUUAAUGUUACAGAAGUAGAUGACAAACCAGUUGUUGAUACCUUCCUCGCUGAACGCAUCAUGUCAUUGAAUUGCUUUGGCUGUCCAACCUCCUCUCGCGAGUCUCAUAUGCGCCUUCUGAAAGAAGAGGCGCAGUCGGAAAAUAGAGCCGAGCGGUUUCGCUCCUGUGGCGAUCUCGCUCCGAACACUGAAAUCACAUUCUGGUAUCGAUCCCCGCUCGACAACAAAUACAACGAGACCCAUAUGGACCUGAAGCACUGGGGCUUCAAGUGCAGUUGUGUUAUAUGCCAAGAUCGUCAAGCAACCGUUAAGGCGGAUUUGAGAAUGCGAACAAAACUCAGAGCCGACAUGUUGAAACUUUUUCAAAACAGCAAGAGAUCAAGUCCAGCUAAACUCGAAGCUCUUCUCUCGCGAUUCGUAGAGACAUAUAGUCAGCCAGCCCCUGAGGUGCCUCGCCUUGGCAUGUGGGAUCCGUACCUGGCUCUUUCACGGAUGUAUGCGGCGUAUAACCAACCGCACAAGGCCAUUGAAUUUACAUUGAAAACGCUCGAAUCACUUGGCUACACCAUCAAAGGCGGGAAUCUUCCCCGUACCUCAGGCUUGCCACUUCUUGUUGAGAAAUGGGGAUUGAUGACGGAUAGUCUUGUUGGAUGUUGGAUGGGUCUUUCCAAUGCCUAUCGCGAGGUGGCGCCGGACCUUGCGGAUCAAGCGGAGAAGUAUGCCAGGAUUACUUACCGGGUUUGUGUCGGUGAGGAUGAAACUUUUGACGAAACGUACUCCUCGGAGCGGCCUAAUGGUCCUCUUAUCUCACUCAUCGCAACCAGGACCUGUACUGCCGUCCUCAAGUUUGUAACGACUUGGGCGGGAGAAGACGAAGCGUAA